AUGAGUGUAGAAACUACUAACAAUGAUCAUGGCUAUUCUCAGAAAGAGGUUGAUGAAAAACUAGCAGCAAGGCAGAAGAAAAUUGAUGAGUGGCUUCCAAUUACUUCUUCAAGAAAUGCAAAAUGGUGGUACUCAGCUUUCCACAAUGUCACUGCCAUGGUUGGAGCUGGUGUCCUCAGUCUCCCUUAUGCCUUGUCAGAGCUUGGAUGGGGUCCUGGUGUGGCUGUGCUAAUCCUAUCAUGGAUCAUCACACUAUACACCCUAUGGCAAAUGGUUGAGAUGCAUGAAAUGGUGCCAGGAAAGCGGUUUGAUAGAUAUCAUGAACUUGGUCAACAUGCUUUUGGCGAAAAGCUUGGCCUCUACAUUGUCGUACCGCAGCAACUUAUUGUUGAAGUUGGUGUGUGCAUUGUGUACAUGGUUACUGGAGGCCAAUCAUUGAAGAAGUUCCAUGAUAUUGUGUGCAAGUCAUGCAAACCGAUCAAACAGACCUACUUCAUCAUGAUUUUUUCCUCUGUUCACUUUGUGCUCUCCCAUCUCCCCAACUUCAACUCCAUCUCUGGUGUCUCUCUUGCAGCCGCAGUCAUGUCCUUGAGUUAUUCUACGAUAGCUUGGUCUGCUGCUGUUGACAAGGGUGUUCAGCCAGAUGUGCAAUAUGGAUAUAAAGCUCAUAGCACGGCAGGAACAGUAUUCGGUUUCUUCAGUGCCUUAGGUGAUGUGGCUUUUGCUUAUGCUGGGCACAACGUGGUGUUGGAGAUUCAAGCAACAAUCCCAUCUACACCUGAGAAGCCAUCCAAAGGACCUAUGUGGAAAGGAGUCGUAGUUGCCUAUAUAGUGGUGGCUCUGUGCUAUUUUCCUGUUGCUCUGAUUGGGUACUGGAUGUAUGGAAAUGCAAUCUCCGAUAACAUCCUCAUCUCAUUGGAGAAGCCUGUAUGGCUUAUUGCAAUGGCUAACAUAUUUGUUGUGAUCCAUGUUAUUGGAAGCUACCAGAUUUAUGCUAUGCCAGUGUUCGACAUGAUGGAAACUGUAUUGGUUAAAAAAUUGAAUUUCCAGCCCACUACGACUCUUCGUUUCUUUGUACGCAAUCUUUAUGUUGCGUUCACAAUGUUUGUUGGCAUUACCUUCCCUUUCUUUGGCGGUCUUCUUGGAUUUUUUGGAGGAUUUGCUUUUGCCCCAACUACAUACUUUCUCCCUUGCAUAAUGUGGCUUGCCAUCCACAAACCGAGAAAGUUUGGCUUAUCUUGGUGGACAAACUGGAUCUGCAUUGUCUUUGGUGUCAUCUUGAUGGUUGUAUCACCCAUUGGAGGGCUUGAGGUGGGAGGCGAUACAAGAUAUUGUCGGACAGUGCACUUGCCAAUUCCUGAGACUGAAUAUGGAAAAAAAAAAAUGAAGAUUUUGCAUAAAUUAGAGCUCAUCGCAAGGGAUCAUCUCCCAAUGAUAAGCUGGAGAGCUCUUAUUUGUGCUGAUGUUAGUAUUCCUAAGCAGUGGCUGGUUUCUUUUCAGUUGAGGGGAGAAGCUGCCUCUAUAAGCAUGUCUCCGGGGAAAUUACUAAUGACAGCUAGUCCUGUUUUGCUUAUUAAACUAUUAUGGUGGUCAGUCUUCGACCACAAUGCCCGGUAUCUGGUGAAUUAUCAGAACAUGUUAAGGAAUUGCCAGGUAAAGAAACUGCAGGCUGUUUUUAUAAUAGAAUUCUCAGCCUGCACAGAAAUGGGUACUCAAGUUCUGGAUGAUCAAAAACCUCAUGUCUCCGAAGAAUUAUCAGCAGUAUGCCCCUCUUCUGUCCUAGACAACAGCACAUAUGCAUCUGGAAUGAUAAUUAGACUCUACUAUAUGAAUUUAGGCUUUGCUUGUCCAUUAGAAGAUAGAAGGAAGAAGGAAAUUGACGAUUGGCUUCCAAUCACUUCCUCAAGAAACGCAAAAUGGUGGUAUUCUGCUUUCCACAAUGUUACUGCCAUGGUUGGAGCUGGUGUCCUCAGUCUUCCUUAUGCAAUGGCAAAUCUGGGAUGGGGCCCUGGCACCGUAAUUCUGGUGCUAUCAUGGACCAUCACUUUAUACACGCUAUGGCAAAUGGUUGAGAUGCAUGAGAUGGUUCCUGGGAAACGAUUCGACCGAUACCAUGAGCUUGGCCAGCAUGCCUUUGGUGAAAAACUUGGCCUUUAUAUAGUAGUGCCCCAACAGCUUGUUUGUGAAGUAGGUGUGGACAUAGUCUACAUGGUUACUGGGGGAAAAUCACUUCAGAAGAUCCAUAACUUAGUGCGCGAAGACUCUGCACCGAUCAAAUUAACCUACUUUAUCAUGAUUUUCGCCUCGGUUCAUUUUGUACUUUCUCAUCUUCCCAACUUCAACUCCAUCUCUGGCGUUUCAUUGGCUGCCGCAGUCAUGUCUUUGAGUUACUCUACCAUUGCAUGGUCAGCUUCUGUCCACAAGGGUGUUCAGCCAGAGGUCGAAUAUGGCUACAAAGCCACGACAACUUCAGGAACGGUCUUUAAUUUCUUCUCUGCCUUGGGUGAUGUAGCUUUCGCCUAUGCUGGACACAAUGUUGUGUUAGAGAUUCAAGCAACAAUUCCUUCUAAACCAGACAAGCCAUCGAAAGGGCCAAUGUGGAAAGGAGUGAUCGUUGCCUACAUAGUUGUAGCAUUGUGCUACUUCCCUGUUGCUCUAGUAGGGUAUUACAUGUUCGGCAAUAAAGUUGAAGAUAACAUACUCAUCUCAUUAGAAAAACCAACAUGGCUUAUAGUGGCAGCUAAUAUGUUCGUCGUCAUCCACGUUAUCGGAAGCUAUCAGAUAUUUGCAAUGCCAGUGUUUGACAUGCUAGAAACAUUGUUGGUAAAGAAGUUGCGUUUCAGGCCUUCCGGAACGCUUCGAUUUGUCACUCGCAAUGUAUAUGUUGCAUUGACAAUGUUCGUUGCCAUCUGCUUCCCCUUCUUCGGUGGUCUUCUUGGAUUCUUCGGAGGAUUUGCUUUUGCCCCAACAACUUACUUUCUCCCUUGUACCAUGUGGCUGGCCAUCUACAAACCAAAGAAGUUCAGCUUAUCAUGGUUCACCAACUGGAUCUGCAUUAUACUUGGCCUCUGCUUGAUGAUUUUAUCACCUAUUGGAGGCUUGCGGAAUAUCAUACUUAGUGCCAAGGGCUACCAGUUUUUCUCUUGA